ACCAAAUGUAUAAUUCUAUAAGAUAUGUAUUAAUUCCCUGAUAUAUAUAUAUAUAAAUAUUUUUAUAUAGAAAGAAAAUCUUUAGGCGGGUCAUCAUCAGUUUAGUUAUUUAUGCUGCUCUAUUUGUCUGAGUUGUGUUCGAGUGUUCCCAUUUAUAUUGAUCAACUAGUUAAGGAGUUUAAGUUAAGAGACUAAAAGGGUUUUAGUCUUUUAUUAUUAUUACUUUUUCUAUCAGGGAUUUUAAUUAAAGAAGCUGAAGUUGUGUGUGUGCGCCCUGUUCUUUAAUGUAUUCCGGUCCAAUGAAUCUAGAACGUAGAAACUGAUGUUAUUCAGCUUUGCCAAUUUUAGUAAUCUGGUUUGUUAACUCAGCUUUAUUUCAAGGACCCAUCUCUCUUUUUUCGUCAAACUUUUAGCUAUGUCCGGUUUUGUGGCUAUUGGGUUGUUUUCCUUGGUUCUGGCUAGGUUUUCUUUGCCAAGUGUUUUAUCAGAGUCUACCCAUAGUGAUACUAUUCUGAUAAACUGUGGUUCAUCUUCAAAUGUAUCAGUAGGCAAUCGUGUAUUCCUAGCUGAUAAUUCUGAUUCUGAUAUUAGUAUCCUUGUAACCUCUGAAAGAGUUUUUCUCAGCACAAAUUCAACGUCAUUAUCUUCAUCUACAUUUGGUUCGCAAUUGUAUAAAACUGCAAGACUAUUCAAGGGGAUCUCACAUUACACAUUUCCAAUAAAAAAACCUGGUCUUCAUUGGAUUCGUCUCUAUUUCUUCCCUUUCUUUUCUCAACAGUACAACUUGAGCUUAGCCAAGUUCUCUCUUUCUUCUCAAGGUUUUACCCUUUUCAAAGAGUUGCAAAUAGAGAAUGGUUCAAAAGUCAUGGAGUACUCUUUAAACAUAGUUUCCAAUAACCUGGUUCUUACUUUUACCCCUUCCACCAAUUCCUUUGCUUUCAUAAACGCCUUAGAAAUCAUGCCACAACCAGACGAGCUCCUUCCUAAGGCUGCAAAAACUGUUGGUUUGCAUGAAAGUCAAAAGAAUUUGCAGGAGCAAGCAUUAGAGACAACCAUGAGGGUGAACAUGGGUGGUGAAGUAGUGUCUCCCCAAAACGACACUCUUUGGCGAUAUUGGAUUUCUGAUGAUCCGUUUUUGAUACACAAUAAUGCAAAGUUUGUGUCAAAUAUAGCACUUGUCAAUUAUUCGAAGGGAAUGUCAAAUGAGGAGAUUGCUCCCCGAAUUGUUUAUGGCACUGCAACUAAGUUGAUCUUAGAUGGAGGAGACGCUGCAUAUUUUAACAUUUCAUGGCAGUUUGAUGUUGUUUCAGGUUUUGAAUAUCUGGUGAGGUUUCAUUUCUGUGACAUAAUAAAUGCUUCUCUUCAGAGCCCCCCGUUUAGUGUCUAUAUCAACUCCUGGUUUGUCUCUACCUACGCUGAUAUUACAAAUCAAAAAGAAGAUGUUGGUGCCCCCUAUUUUCUGGAUGUGAUUGUAAAGAUGAAUGACAACUCAAAACUAAAAGUGAGCCUUGGUCGUAAUAGUCCUGGGGAUAUUUAUGCAAAUCCCUUCCUCAAUGGCGUUGAGAUCAUGAAAAUAAGUAAUUUCCGCAAAAGCCUUGAUGUCUCGGACACUUUGUCAACUAGCAACUCCAAGGGGAAAAUUAUUGUUUUAGCUGGUUUGGCUGCUGGACUUUUUGUGGCUGUUGUUUUGGUUGUGGUUCUCUUCCUAUUUUGCAGAAGAAGGAGAAGACUGAGACUUGUUGGCCAUUCAAAGACAGAUGGUAAUGCUCUAAAUGGCAAUGGUGCAUUUUCUUGCUCGGAAAAUGUCUAUCGCUUCCCUCUAUUGGUGAUUCAAGAGGCCACUGAUAACUUCAGCGAAAACUUGGUUAUUGGGGUUGGUGGCUUUGGCAAGGUCUACAAAGGAGUUCUUAGAGACAACAUGAAAGUGGCUGUUAAAAGGGGAGUUUCUCAAUCAAAUCAAGGCCUUGCUGAGUUCACUACAGAAAUCGAAAUGUUGUCCCAGUUUCGCCACCGCCAUUUGGUGUCCUUGAUUGGCUACUGCGACGAUCACAACGAGAUGAUUAUAAUUUACGAGUACAUGGAAAAUGGGACGCUCAAGGAUCAUCUAUAUGGUUCUGAUGUUGCAAGCUUAAGUUGGAAACAAAGGCUUCAGAUAUGCAUUGGAUCUGCAAGAGGACUUCACUACCUCCACACUGGUUCUACCAAAGCAAUCAUUCAUAGGGAUGUCAAGUCUGCAAACAUACUUCUUGAUGAGAAUUUCAUGGCUAAGGUUGCAGAUUUUGGACUUUCAAAGACAGGUCCUGAUAUUGACAAGACACAUGUUAGUACAGCAGUUAAGGGAAGUUUUGGAUAUCUUGAUCCUGAAUACUUGACAAUGCAGCAACUGACUGAGAAAUCAGAUGUGUACUCCUUUGGAGUGGUAAUGCUAGAAGUCCUCUGUGGGAGACCUGUCAUUGAUCCCUCCCUUCCAAGGGAAAAAGUGAAUCUAAUUGAAUGGGCAAUGAAAUCUCAUAAAAGAGGCGAACUUGAAGAAGUCAUUGACCCUCGUCUUACAGGCCAAACAAAGCCAGAAGCAGCAUUGAAGUUUGGAGAGUUAGUUGAAAAAUGCUUAGCAGAAAGAGGCGUUUAUCGACCAUCAAUGGGAGAUGUUUUAUGGAACUUGGAAUAUGUGCUGCAACUCCAAGGGCCUGCUAAUACUCCAAAUGGUAAUAACGGUGACCUGUCCUCUUCUCAAGUGAAUCAUGUGAAUGAGUUGGAAACUACCAGUAUUCUGUCCACUACAGAAAUCAGCUCAGUGAACUUUGGUGACCUUGCUGAUGUUUCAAUGAGCAAGGUGUUUGCUCAAAUGGUGAAUGAUGAACUGAGGUAAAGGAGAAGGGCUGGUAAAGGGUUUCACAGAUUUUCCACACAAGGCUUCUCAGAAUGGUGCUAGAAUACCUGUAAGCGAAGGCAUAUAUAUGGUAAGGCUUUUGGUGGAGCUAGCUGAUUGUAUGUCAUGUUAGUGUGAGUUUACAAUAUAGCAAAAGAAAAUGAGUGAAAACAAAAGUAAAUCAACUAUUACAUUUAAUUAGUAUUAAUUAGUAGUAGUCUUUUGUACCUUGAAUUUAAAUUUAGUUUGAAUUACAUACGUGUUAAAGGGUGUUUCAUUCUUA